AUGAAUGAACUCCGAGGCAGAAAGGUUCAAAAGAUCGAAACUCCGGUUCCAGGAUGCUUGGGAAGGAUGGUGAACCUAUUUGAUCUAGGAACAGCUGUUAAUGGGAACAAGUUGCUUACCGAUAAACCACACCGUGAUGGAUCCUCUCUGUCAAGGAGCCGAUCUGAUGUGACUCGAACGCCAAGCCCCUCUCAUAAAAGCCGUUUAGAAUCUGAGUUGGUAAUGCCUGAUCUAAGGAGAAGUGCUUCUAGCAAAGUAAGUGGCACACCGAUGAAGAAACUCAUUGCUCGAGAGAUGUCAAAAGAAGUCGAACCUAAACAGAGCCCAACUAACGUGGUUGCUAAGUUGAUGGGUUUGGAAACAUUUCCUCAGCUGCAGCUUGAGACUCCUCCACAGCAGCGAAGCAAAUCCAGAAGCUAUUCACACUCUUCACCGAAUCAAGCAGUGGAUAACGAGGUCCAAAAGUAUGAAGAGCUCAGCAGAGAAUUCAAAGAUGUGUAUGAAAUGUGGCAGUCUCCUCAGAAGGUGAGUCGUUCAAGGGAUAGCUCUCCUAGAAGAGGAAGAUAUGAUGAGAGCACGACUGAGAAACUUGUUCGUCAGAAGUUUGCGGAAGCAAAACGCCUUGUAACGGAUGAAAACCUUCACCAGUCCAAAGAGUUCCAAGAUGCACUUGAGUUCUUAAGCUCCAACAAGGACUUGUUUGUUAAGUUUCUCCAGGAAUCAAACUCAUUCUCUCAGCAUCUCUCCGACUUGCAGCAUGCUCCUCCUCACUCAGAGGCGAAGCGCAUCACGGUACUGAGACCUUCAAAGGCUGUUGAAACUGAGAAAUAUGUAGUUCAAGGGAGGAAGAACAAGCAGGUCAAGAAAUUGGCUUCAUCAAGUCAAGAAAGUGGAUGGAGAAAUGGUUACUCGUCAUCUUAUGUCAACCGAAGCGAGGAACAUCCUGUACAUCCAACUAGAAUUGUAGUCUUGAAGCCUAGUCUAGGGAAGUCUCUUGACAUAAAAGCUGUUUCAUCAUCUCCAUCCUCACCGAGGGGUUUACAUAGUGGAGCAUAUUUUGAUGAGCUUGGAGACGUUGAGACUAAAGAAGUAGCCAAAGAAAUUACUCGCCAAGUGCGUGAAAAUCUGAUGGGUCACCACAGGAAUGAGACUCAGUGUUCUUCUGUGCUCUCCAAUGGUUAUAACGGAGAUGACAGUUCGUUUAACAAGUCUGAUAACGAAGAUCCAGUGGGAAACCUUAGCGAUUGUGAGAUCAUGUCACCACCUUCUAGGCAUUCGUGGGACUGUCCAAACAGGUUUGAAAGUCCUUUCUCUCCUUCCUCUUUCAGCCGAGCUUCGUUUUCUCCAGAGUCAUCUGUCUGCAGAGAGGCGAAAAAGCGUCUCUCUGAAAGAUGGGCGUUGAUGUCAGUAACCGGAAGCACUCAGCCGCAGCAUAAACAUGUACUAAGAACCUCAAGCACCUUAGGGGAAAUGCUUGCACUCUCAGAGACUAAAGUGACAACUGAACCUUACGAAGAGAGCAACGAAGUAGCAUUAGAGACAAGAGCGUCGACGUCAUGCAUAACCAGUGAUGUGAGUCAAGUGGAAAUGGCAAAUGAUUCUCUGAAUAUCCUUGCAAGGUCAAAAUCAGUCCCUGUUGUUAGGCUCAACGGAGAACCAUCUGCUUCAGGGACUUCCAAUGCACAGGCUCCACGAGAGCUGACUGAGACAGGAAGCUUGAAAUCGCCAUGGAAAGUCUCAAACUUGUUCUUCUUCAAGAACAAGAAAGCAAGCAAGGAGAAAAGAGAUCCAUCUCAGCAAAGCAGUAUAUCUCAAACAGCAACGCCUUCUUCUUCUGUGACUCCUCCCGGGGAAGAUUGUGUCCCUCCUGAUGCAUCACAACUGCAAAGUAUAGUCUCUGAAGAGGAGGAGCUGACUACACCAAAGCCCCUAGCGGCUGGGAAUACAGGUGAAAACCAGGACCAGCCGAGUCCCAUUUCGGUUUUGUUUCCGCCAUUCGAAGAGGAAGGUGUCGCCACUCCAGAAUGUUCUGGCUCAUCCAAGCCAUGGACGACGACUCAAGGAGAGGAAACGUCUCUUAAAUCUAACCUUAUAGACAAAUCACCACCAAUAGGCUCAAUCGCUCGGAUCCUCUCAUGGGAGGAUGAUGAUAACUCUUGCACAGACAACAUAUCUAAACCAGAAGUGGGAGUCCAUGAAGAUGAAGAUUGGUACUUCUUCAUAGAAACGCUCUUGACAGCUGCUGGUUUCAGCAGAGGCUGCACCGUCUCUCUAAUGUCACGGUGGAGCUUGCCAAACAGUCCUUUAGACCCUUCACUCAGAGACAAAUACACCAAUCUAGACAUCAACAACAACGUCAAGGAGUUUAUCCAAGAAGGCAAACGCAGACAACAAAGAUCAACACGUAAGCUCAUUUUCGACCGAAUCGACUCCAUCGUUUCGGAAACAACUAGCACGGGCAAUGAUGACUCUCCACGUUUCGACCUGGUGGAGCAUGUUUGGUCUCAGCUAAAGGAAUGGCUCUCAGAUGAGCCUAGCAAGUGUGACUCAGUAGAGGAGAUGGACGCGAAUAGUUUUGCUGCAGAGAGUCUAGUGAAGGAAGAGAUUGUGGGGAGGACAUGGACUCGUAGCUUGCAAGUCGAAGUAGAUGACUUUGGGAUUGAAAUUGAAAGCAGAUUGUUGCAAGAGCUCGUAGAGGAAGCCAUUAUCGAUCUUACACGAUGA